CUUGAAGUUCGUUUAGUUAUUAAAGUUACGUUCGUGGUUAGGACUUACAGUUAGUUCUAGUUUAUUAGUAAAAUGUUGUACGGAACAUUUUUAUUUUUAAGCGUGACUGUAUUUUUGAUUGCGGAUGGAACUAACAUUGAGGGUCCUAAACAUGGCAAAGUUGCUGUGUGCUACGUGGCGUCUUGGGCGAUAUUCAGAGACCCUCCUUUUAAUUUCGCGGUAUCAGAUAUAGAUCCAUCAUUAUGCACUCACAUUGUCUACGCUUUUGCUGGUUUGGACGAAGAGUCGUCUACUAUUAAAAGUCUGGACAUUUGGCUUGAUAUAGAACGAGAUAAUGGUAACGCUGCCUAUAAAAAUCUGACCAGCUUCAAAAAGUAUCAUCCUCAUAUAAAAAUAACUUUGAGUCUUGGUGGUUGGAAUGAAGGCUCCGUGAAAUUCUCUAGGAUGGCCAGUGACAAAUGGAAAAGAGCCAAAUUCGUCAAAAGUGUCACGCAAUAUCUUGAAAAAUAUGGAUUCGAUGGUCUGAACGUUAUGUGGAAGUACCCUACUCUGAGAGGGGGCAGACCUGAAGAUAAAAAGAACUUCGUCAUUUUAAUCAAGGAAUUAAAAGAGGCUUUCAUACCAUAUGGUUACAUAUUAUCCGCGACGUUAUCGAAUCUCAAAGAAAUUAUAAGCGCAGCGUAUGAUUUAGAAUGUCUAAAUCGUCAUUUGGACUUGAUUUAUCUAAUUGGUUACGAUUAUAAUGGACCCUGGGACAAAAUUGUUGGAGCAUCUGCCCCAUUAAGGGGCUUGAGUAAGCAGGAUAUAAGGAAUGUGGAAUACACAAUUAAAUACAUGCUAUCACACGGAAUAAGUCCUGAUAAAUUAGUUCUCGGUUUACAACUCCACGGAAAGACGUUUAUUUUGAAAGAUCCCGAUGUCAAAAAUGUUGAAUUUGGUAAAACUCAAUCGGAGUCUGAAGUUUUUACGGGACCAUAUCUUAAUGGAGCAAAUAUGUACGGAUAUAAUGAGGUAUGUCUAGAUUUGAAAAAUAAUUCCAAGUGGGUUUAUUAUUGGGAUAAAGUUUCUUCAACGCCGUAUUUGCGUGAUGGAAGUCGAAUUGUUUCCUAUGAUGACACUCGAUCUAUUGCCAAUAAAGUCAAAUUAGCCAUGGAUUAUAAUCUCGCUGGAUUCAUGAUUUGGAGUAUAGACAUGGACGAUUUUAAAGGAGUCUGUGACAUGCCAAACGAUACUUACACAGAUUUCAUUGAGAGAGUUAGUGAUAUAACAAAAGACAAAUUAUGGCAAGACUCUGUCAAGAAUCUGAAUAGCCAGGAUCUGGAGGGCAAAAUAUAUGGCACACUAAGAGAUAAGCUAAUUCUCAGAAUACCAAAAAAGAAUUUCAAAAAUUAUCCACUUUUGAGGACAAUUCAUGAAGCGAUAGAUAUAACCGUAGAAGAGAAGAAGAUAGCAGAUGCGAUGAAACUGGUUUCAACUAGUUUAAGAGAGGGGAGUAGAGUCAGUGAAACGCAGACGCCAUGUUAUAGAACUUGCUCUGAAGUAUGCUUUUAUGGGCCUGGUCAUUAAGAUGAAAUGAGAAAAUCUUAUAUUCGUCUUUGUUCUAUUUGGGAAAUAAAGUUAUAAUAUUUUUAUAUGUA